AUUUUAAUUAUAUAGGGGCUGUAAGUCUCGUUUUUUGUUACUUCCGGUGAAGCGCUUCCGGUGACAAACAAACAAAUGGCGAUAUCAAUUCAGUACUGGGCGAACUAUACCACAGACAAACCGAAGCUUAUGAGAAAAUCGGAGAACGCUGUGUAUAGUAACCAUGUGUUGAAGUUCCUCUACGACAACGAGGAAAACGUUGUCAAUGCUGUUGUGCAAGCGUCAAUGAAGAACAAGUCUUACAAAGUAACAGCAAUUCUGAACGAUGGCUAUGCUGUUUCUUCAUCAACAUGUGAGUGUCCUUUAGGACAAUAUGUCUGCCACCAUGUUGCAGCAGCAUUGCUGUAUGGGUACAAGUGUGUCAGCAAAACUGACGUGAAAUGCGGAUGGCUGAAAAAUCCAAAGACGGCCAUGAAAACUGACACUAAAACAAUGGAAGAAUUAUUUCCACCAUCUCAACCUGAUUAUCACUAUGGAAUGGAUUCUUCAGCCAGAACCAUGUGAGCCAGGACCUCCUGCCCCUGUCAUAGAAGAUCUAUUGACGAGUCCAGAAUUUAUCCAUUCUGAUACGCCAAUGGUAUGGUUAAGACGAGCUUUGAUUUUGUCUGAG